AUGUCGACGAUUAUCGAAGGCAACCUGGAUUCCCUGCUGACAGGGGAUCUUUCUGAUUUUGCACAGCAACGAGCUGCUAUUCUGGAGCCGGCUUACGAAUCUUAUCUCAUAUCCACAGAUCUUCGCGAAGGCUCACCCCGUCCCUCUUCGACAUACCUGCUUCCAUCAUCCGAGGUUGUUGUCAUAGUUUCGCGCUGCCCUGAGACCGAAGCUGCAACCGACCUGCACAUCACCAAACUAUCGGACACCUUUGCGGACAACUUCAUAGGAUAUUGCCCCGAAGAGAAAUGUGUGGUAUUCAAGGGUGAGAGAGGGUUGAUAGACGACUUCAUAGACUUCGCAGAGUCAGUCGCAGGUGGAAAAGAAGUCAAGAUAAUCCUGAAAGCCCCAGAACAAAUCCGGAUGCCUCAUGGUGGUCUGGAACAUGGCCUCGAGUAUGAGGACUUUGUGGCUCGUGUUGAAGUUCUCGAGUGCGCUAUGUGGAUUGGAAACUCACCAAGCGAACAGGAAGAAGGCGGAAGCCGUUUCACCGAGCUUGCUACAGAGCCUCAACUUCCCGAACCUGUCACAUCCAAACGAAUGCCAACGCCCAACUAUGUCUAUGCCACAAAUGACAACAAUUUCAGUCAUGAAGACUUGUCAAACAUAAACUCGACCAACGCCAGGAGCCCAGUGACGGUUGCUUCGUCUCCUUUAUCUGACCCUCCACCAUCUCCUUUGAUCCACACUCCAUCAUCUCCUCUAUCUGACCCUCCCUCUGAUAUUGAUGAAAUUUCAUUGCAGAACUGGGACGAUCUAGAUGCGUCGUCGUCUUCUUCGUCUAAGGGUGCGGAGACCCCUCCUUCGCUGCGGGAGUGGGAAUAA